AUGAAGGCAUACGAUGGUGAAUUUGUAGCAGUCCUCGAUUUCUAUGUACACCCAUCCUGCCAAAGACAAGGACACGGUCAGAAAAUAUUUGAUUACAUGCUCAACUGUGAGAAAGUGGCACCACAUGAGGUUGCACUCGACAAUCCCACCGAUCUCCACACUGAUUUGAGUGUUCAUCGUUCUCCACUAAUAAGCAGCCCAUUCGAGUAUCAUCUAUUGGAUGGUCCAUUCCUACAACGUUCGCAAAGUCGCCUACCCAGUUUUUUUUCUACAUAG